UAAUUUCUUACGGAAAUACUGUUUGUGUUUGCUGUAAUUCUAGUAUUUUAUUAACAGAAUGAGAGUUACAUUUUUAUUUUAGAUUUGUAGGUAGUGAACUGGGAAAUUUAUUGAUAUAAAAAUGUAAACUAAAUAUACAUAGUGUUCGUGUACUUCUCAUACGAUUAAAUAAUCCAAUGCUACCUUCAAAUAUUGUUUAUAUUAAAGGUGUUUUAAUGUAAUCUGGUACAAUGAUGGGUUCACAAGUGGCGGAGUUUGUAUCUGGCCUAAAAUCUCGCCAUGCAGAUACAAGACAUAAGGCUAUUCGGGAACUGUUACAAUUCGCUAAGAAUGAUCUGCGUGAGAUGUCCCAAGAGUCCCUGGUGCAGGUUUUGGAUGAUUUCAAUCAGCAGAUACACGCCCUAACCUCUAGCUAUGAUAACAAUGAAAAAAAGGCUGGGAUACUCAUUAUUGUUUGUCUUAUUGGAGCUGACACAGAAACAAUGAAAACUAGAACCACCAGAUAUGCUCACUACUUGAGAAAUAUAUUUCCUGCAAAUGAUUUGGGUGUUUUGGAGUUAGCAGCAAAAACCAUGGGUCGGUUAGCUACAACUCUGGGUAUUAAGCGGGUUGAAUAUGUAGAAUAUGAGAUAAAACGAGUUUUUGAAUGGCUGUCUGAGGAAAGAAAUGAAGGCAAACGUCUCUCUGCUGUACUGAUACUUCGAGAACUGGCUAUUUCAAUGCCAUCUUGUUUCUACCAACAAAUUAAUGGUUUCUUCAAUAAUAUUAUAGUGGGACUCAGAGAUCCCAAGGAACAAAUUAGGGAGGCUUCAGCUAAAGCUUUAAGGGCUGCUCUUGUAGUGACAGCACAAAGGGAAGGUCCUGAACAGGGCAAUAAAGUCCGUUGGUAUGCAGAUUGCUAUGAAGAAGCAAUGAUUUCAUUUUCUGAUCAAACUGCAAGAGAAAAGGGUUUGAGCAGAGAUGAUCAUGUUCAUGGAGCUUUAUUAAUCCUGAAUGAACUACUGAGAUGUUCAAAUGCCAAUUGGGAAAAGAAGUACACAAUGCUGAUGCAGAAGCUGGAUGCAGAUCAGGAUGUUUCAGAUGAAAUGACAUCUUUAAGUUCUAAGCUUCAGACAACCUGGUCAUCACAGCAGUUUUCUGACAAUGAGCAACAGGUCACAGCGAUUUAUGAGUCUAAUAUUUGUAAAAGACUUGUUUCUGAAAAGUAUGAGAAGAUUUGUUCAGAGGUUAUGGCUCAGCAGAUAUCCAGGUCUCACAGUGUUCACCAGAUGUUGCUUCUGAUGAUUCCAAGACUAGCAGCUGUCAAUAGAGAUGCUUUUGUUAAAAAGCAUCUGAAGUCAACCAUCAAUCAUUUGAUAACCUUCCUUCGAGGACGCGAAAAAGAAAAGGCUAUGGCCUUUACGACUUUAGGCCUUAUUUGUGUUGCAGUUGAGGAUGACAUUCAGCAAUACUUGCCAAGGAUCAUUGAAAUAAUUAAACUGACUUUACCUACAAAAGAGACUCCUAAAAAACGCAAUGGUACUGACACUCCUCUCUUUAAUUGCGUCACGUUGUUAGGUUUCGCCAUGAAAGAAAAUGUCGCUAAUGAAGUGAAAGAACUACUUGAUCCUAUGUGUUCAACAGGAUUAAGUCCUCAACUCACUACUUGUUUCAAAGAAUUGAGUCAAAACUUGCCUUCUGUAAAGAAAGAUAUAACUGACAGGCUUUUAAACAUGCUCUCACUGAUAUUGAGGAAAAAGCCUUAUGCACCACAUAAUGGAGAGCAGAGGGAGAUUGUGCAAAUGUUAUCCUCUGCUUUACUGGAGCCACAUGACGCUACGAAAUUAGUCUUAGCUUUACGCACAUUGGGUACAUUUGAUUUUGAAUGGAAUAAUACUCUGAUGUCCUUUAUAAGGAGGUGUACUGAUCAUUAUUUACUCAGUGAACAACAUGACGUUCGAUUGGAAGCAGUAAAGACCGCGGCUAAAUUGUUGAUCAAGGCUAUUGAAAGGUGUGCGCAGACAAAUUCACGAACCUUAAAUUUGUUAGUGGACGAAUCACUGGGGAAACUCCUGUCUGUCGGAAGAUCUGAUUUUGACCCUGAAGUUCGGUAUAGGGUUCUCGAAAUAUUUACAAAUCCUGUUUUCGACAAGUAUCUGGCUGUGGAAGAACAUUUGAAUUGCUUGUUUGUGGCUAUAAAUGACACAAACUCAGAAGUCGGUGAACUCGCGUUGUGCGUGGUUGGAAGGCUUAGUAACUUAAACCCAAGUUACACAACACCAACUCUACGUCAGAUGUUUGUGCAAAUAUUAAUGGAAGUGCAACACUCAGAAUCAGCGCGAAACAAAGAGCAGGCGCUACGAAUGGUGAACAAUAUUAUCUCUCACGCGCCACGUAUCACACGACAAUUUGUUGAUACUAUUCUUAGAGUGUUGGUGCCAAAACUACGAGUAGAAGAGAAUAACUCUACAAUGGUUUCUUCUAUUUUGAAAGCUAUUGGAGAUUUGGCAGAAGUCAAUGGAGGCGGAAAUGCAUUGAAUCAAUGGCUACCGGAACUAAUGUCAAUUCAACUUGAUAUUCUCUCAGACCCUAAUCAACUCGAAAAAAGAAGUGUUGCUCUAUGGUCCUUUGGGCAAGUAAUUGGAGCCACUGGCCAUGUGGUUACACCAUACAUGGAAUAUCCUAAUCUCAUGGAUAUGCUCCUGGGCCUACUGAAGUCUGAACAACAAGCUAGUGACAGACGAGAGACUAUACGUGUUUUGGGUUUAUUGGGAGCAUUGGACCCAUAUAGACACAAAGUUAAUCAGGGGCUAAUAGAUUUUCAAACUGUGUCAACUUUAAUUCCUACAACUGACGCACCAAACAAUGAUAAUUUUGACUCUAAUAUGAUGCUCGUUAACAUGUCACCUCUAGUUCUGGAUGAAUUUUAUCCGGCAAUAGUUGUGACGUCUCUGAUGCGUAUGUUCCGGGACCCGUUGCUGGCUCAGCAUCAUGACAACGUGAUCCACUCAGUCACAUUUAUAUUCCAAUCGCUAGGAAUUAAGUGCGUCCCAUAUAUAUCUCGAGUCACGCCAACUUUGUUAUGCGCUAUACGGACCGCCGAAAACAUAAAUUUCCGUGAGUUCUUGUUCACUCAAUUAGCAAAGCUUAUUGCUGUUGUGAAAAUACACAUUCGGAAUUAUUUAGAAGAAAUUUUCGAAAUUAUUAAGGAGUAUUGGACUCCAGACAGUCAACUGCAACCGACGCUCAUCAUGUUGGUGGAGCACAUUACUGUCGCCGUCGGGACCGAAUUCAAAGUUUAUCUUAGAAAGAUUCUACCAAACAUACUCAGAGUACUAAAAUACGACAGGAGCAAAGACAAAUUCUUGACUGAAAGACUUCUUAUGACUAUUCAAAAGUUUGAGAAUAAUCUAGACGAUGUUCUGCUGUCGAUUGUACCAGCAAUCACAGCAUUGUUUGAUGGAAGACACAUUCCGGCUUCUAUUUCGAAACAGGCGAUGGAAACAAUGGAACACCUAUCGAUGUACUUAUAUCUCAGACCAUACUCGGCGGUUAUUAUACAAGCGCUUGCAAAAGUUCUAGAAAAUAACCCCGCGUUGAGACAAACAGCGAUGAACACGCUUUGUGCAUUGAUUGUGCAAUUGGGACGAGAGUACAUUGAUUACAUACCAUCGGUGGAGAGAUUACUGUUCAAACAUAAGAUUCAAUGCCCUAACUAUGUCGUGCUUGUUACUAGACUACAAGUAAUAUCAACAUUAGCAUCAGAUGAUGACUAUUUGGAUGAAACUCGGCUACGAUUGCGGAAUCAAAAGAGUUUAAUGGCAAACACAAACGAAAUACCAACCAUUCAGAAGCUCUCGGUAAACGCCCAACACCUGAAAAAAUUUUGGUCUGUUAAUAAUCUUAUCUCCAAGGAGGACUGGCUCGAGUGGCUCAGACAACUGAGCCUCACGUUUGUAAUGGAAUCCAACAGCCCAGCCAUCAGAGCCUGCUCAACCCUGUCUCAAAAUUAUCCGCAAUUAGCGAGUGAUCUGUUCAACGCAGCGUUCAUGUCUUGUUGGACAGAGCUUGACGAGUCAUCCCGCAUAGACCUGGUGGCCGCUCUAGAGAGAGCCCUGACAGUUCCCGAUUGCCCUGAACUUGCAUUAUCUGUGUUGAAUUUGGCAGAAUUCUUGGAACACUGUGAGAAAGGUGCUCUACCUAUUUCAAUAAGACUGCUUGGAGAUACUGCUAUCAGUUGCAGGGCGUAUGCUAAAGCUCUUUACUACAAGGAAGAAGAAUAUAAAAGAAACCCCACUACAAAAGUAGUUGAAUCUCUUAUACAUAUAAACAAUAAACUUCAGCAGAGGGAAGCCGCCAGUGGCUUGCUGGAGAAAGUUAUAACACAAAAGAAACAUGGGGACUGUUCUUUGAAUGUCCAUGUCCGGUGGUAUGAGAAACUGCACAAUUGGGAACAGGCUCUAGAUCUUUAUAAUAAAAAGCUGGAGGUUGAACCGCAAGAUAAUAACUCCAGGUUAGGACAAAUGAGGUGCCUAGAAGCCAUGGGCGAAUGGAGGAAACUCUACAACAACACUACUGACCAGUGGGAGAACAUGGGAGAAGAAAUCAAACAUAAAGCUGCGAAAAUUGCGGCUGCUGCGUCAUGGGGGCUACAAGAAUGGGAUUCGAUGAAGAAGUUUGUAGAGGCUAUACCGGGAGACACACAAGAAGGCGCAUUUUAUAGAGCUAUCAUUGCUAUACACGAGGGACAAUGGCCAGAGUCUAGACAUUACAUAGAUUGUGCAAGAAGUGUAUUAGAUUCGGAGCUGUCUGCAGUGGUUGGGGAAAGCUACCAAAGAGCAUAUGGAGCUUUAGUGAAUGCUCAGCUGCUAACGGAAUUAGAAGAAGUGGUCACAUACAAACUUGUUGAAGAACGAAGGACAACUAUUCGGAAAACUUGGUGGACUCGUUUGCAAGGAGGCCAAAGAUUAGUUGAAGAUUGGAGGAAAAUGCUUCAAAUACGCAGUCUAGUUUUAACUCCUCGAGAAGAUUUCCAGACAUGGCUUAAAUUUGCUUCUCUAUGUCGGAAAACGGGUGCCAUUAAUCAAGCGCAUAAGAUUGUCAUAUCCAUACUAGGCUGUGAUCCUGUUUCUAAUCCAGAUGUUUUAUUGAGAAUACAAGAUCCGCGCUUGAUAAUGGCUUAUAGUAAAAACUUAUGGGAUGCAGGGAAUAAGCGAUACGCAUACGAUGUUCUGCAAAGGUUCGUUGAUAAUUCUGAACCUGAUACCGAUGAGCAUUGCAGACUUCUUGCGCGGUGCCAUUUGAAAUUAGGCUCAUGGUGCGAAACUCUUCAAGAAAUCAAUGAAUUGUCCAUACCAGAAAUUCUGAGGAAUUACGCAGCAGCCACGAUAUUAGCCCCUGAAUGGUAUAAAGCAUGUCAUGCAUGGGCCUGCAUGAAUUUCGAAACUGUUCUCUUUUAUAAACAACAAGACAACAUUUCCGAGAGCAGCUUGGCAGGUGGUUCUGGCGAAAAGAAAGUUUCUCGAACAGAUUUCAUUAGCACACAUACUAUACCAGCUAUAGAAGGUUUCUUCAAAUCAAUAAGCUUAUCUAACGGGAGUGCUCUUCAGGACACACUGAGACUAUUAACUUUGUGGUUUGAUCACGGUCAUCACUCCGCCAUAUACGAUGCGUUGUUUGAAGGUAUCCGCCAGAUUGAUGUUAAAAUAUGGCUGCAAGUGAUACCUCAGUUAAUCGCCAGAAUUGAUUCCCCGAGAAGUUUAGUGGCUAAACUAGUACACAUUCUUCUAAUAGACAUUAGCAAUCUUCACCCGCAAGCUCUGGUGUACCCGUUGACAGUUGCUACAAAAUCUUCCUUCGUUACACGAAAGAAUGCAGCAAACUAUGUACUAAAGACUAUGUGUGCGCACUCACAGAACCUAGUCAACGAAGCUGCCAUUAUAUCUGAUGAACUAAUCAAAGUAGCAAUUUUAUGGCAUGAUCAGGUUUUCAUAGCGUUGGACGAAGCAUCCAGGUUAUAUUUCAGCGAAAAAGACUACAGGGGCAUGUUCAAGACGCUGGAAAAAAUGCAUGCGAUGUUGGAACGAUCCCCGGAAACUCUGAAGGAAGUAUCGUUCUUGCAAAUGUACGGGAGGGACUUGCAGGAGGCUCAACGCUGGUGUGAUCAGUAUAAAGAGUCUGGUGACGAUAAGUACCUAAACGAAGCGUGGGACUUAUACUACCACGUGUUCCGACGUAUCGCCUCCCAGUUUCGAUCCCUCACAUCGCUAGAAUUGCAGUAUGUGAGCAAACGCCUCCAUACAUGCAAGGACUUGGAGUUGGCAGUGCCAGGGUCCUAUGUGCCUAAUGAGAAGAUUAUCAGGAUCUCUUAUAUUCAUAGCCAUUUACAGGUUAUAAAAUCCAAACAGCGACCUCGUAGACUCACGAUACAGGGUUCAGACGGCAAGCAAUACAUGUUCCUACUUAAAGGCCACGAAGACUUGAGACAAGACGAGCGAGUGAUGCAACUGUUCGGCCUAGUUAACACUUUACUACAGGCCGACACCAACACGUACAGACACGAUCUCGCCAUACAGAGAUACGCGGUCAUCCCUCUAUCGCCCAACUCGGGGCUUAUCGGAUGGGUACCUCAGUGUGAUACACUGUACAAUUUAAUAAGUGACUAUAGAGACAAAAAGUCUAAUAAGAUGGCUUUGAACACGGAGCAACAGAUCAUGUUGAAAAUGGCGUCGGAUUACCAAAAACUUAUGUUAAAGCAUAAGGUGGAAGUGUUCGAAUACACGUUAUCGCAGACGCCCGGCAACGACCUCGCGCGCCUCCUCUGGCUGAAGAGUCCGUCAGCGGAGGCGUGGUUCGAGCGGCGCACCAACUACACCCGAUCUCUCGCCGUCAUGAGCAUGGUGGGCUACAUCCUCGGGCUCGGGGACCGACACCCCUCCAACAUCAUGCUGCACAGGGUCACGGGCAAAGUCCUCCACAUCGACUUCGGAGACUGCUUCGAAGUCACGCAGACGAGGGAGAAGUUCCCAGAGAAAAUUCCCUUUAGGCUGACCAGGAUGCUUAUUAAUGCUAUGGAGGUGACAGGCAUAGAAGGCACUUAUCGCUUCACAUGCGAGUCAGUGAUGCACGUGCUACACAAACAUCGAGACAGCGUUAUGGCUGUGUUGGAAGCCUUCGUGUACGACCCGCUGCUCAACUGGCGACUCGUCGACAACGACCGACACUCACUCACAGAGUCAUCCUUCUCCUCAGACAUUGACUCGUCAUACACCUUGCCGAGUCGAAGCAGGAAUCACUUACAUUACGAGUCUUUGGAAAUACCACCUGAAGCGAACCUGAACAAAAGAGCUUUGUCUAUACUGAACAGGAUACGAGACAAACUAACUGGAAGAGACUUCCCACAGAUUGAAGCUGUAGUGAGCGUUCCGAAGCAAGUGGACUUGCUGAUCAAAUUGGCGACUAAUAAUGAGAACUUAUGCCAGUGUUACAUUGGCUGGUGUCCGUUUUGGUGAAUGUGGUUAUAAAGGAAAUGCAUUAUAGCUUCAGAUGCCUUUAUGUCAUGUAAAUUUGGGUUAAGAGAUAUAAUCUAAAGUUAUUCAUUAAGUGCCCUGUUAUAGAGCGAUUGCAUCGAUUUCUGUAACGCCUGUGAAGUGUGACAAUAUGUCCUACUAAUCUUUUUUGAAUAGCAGGUUUUCGCCGCAGGGUUUGUAACUUCAUCGUGUAAUGCCACCUUUAAGAUGUGUAGACUUUGUAAGUGUAUUAUAUUAAGUUUGAAAUUAUAAGCUUUAAUUAUAAAACAAAUGCUAUAGUCAUUGUUAUUUCUACAUUUUAUUUUAGAAAUUUACUUUUAACUUUCAACUAAUGUAUAAUAAAGUUGAUUGUUUAUGUUUGUUUACCACCGCAUAGUGACAGAUUGUUCCUCGUAUUUAUUGCAUUUUAUGUUGUUAAACUGACUUUAGACCAAGCGGCGUGGCGAGCACUUUCUGACCAUCAUCAUCAAUUUAAGAGCCACGCUCUUGUCGGUGUAGCAUUUUCCAUUCCAGUCUAUCAAAGGCCAAUUCCUUGACUUCCCUAUAAGACACGACGUUAACCUUUUCUUUAAUCUGUUCCAUGUAAGCUCUUCUUGGUCUUCCCCUUCCUGUAUUUCCUUCUAUGAUGUUUUUAAAAAAAUCGUCGUGUCUUAUUAGGUGUCCAAUCAUCUUGCCUCUUCAGUCCUCAAUAAUUCUCAGUAUUUGUCUCUUUUCCGUUACUCAUACUAGCUACUACUUACUUUCUGACAAAAACCUGAAAAAUUGCCAUUCUUACAGUAGCAUUAUACAUCAAAGCCUAUUCUCAUAAAAUGCAGUAUUAUUCAACAACAAUGAAAUUCACGCUAGCUCGAGUCGGUAUUUGGUAGGGCAGAAUUGAACUUUAUGGCAAUGGUAGUAAACACUUUGAAAGGUUCACAUACUUAGGUGAAAACCUUAACAUUUAAUUGGGUAUCAACCCUUUAAAAAAACGUUACUAACUGUAAUAAAGUAAGUUUUGUGUUAUCACAAAGUGCUCGCCUCGACGCUGCCUGCGCUGACCCUUAGCGUGGGUACUUAAUCUUGCGAUGGAUGUACCGUUGACAAUCCCAAUUGGGUAUAUACUUAGUCAUGACCUGUUUUAUUUUAUUCAUGUGUCUUUUGUAUUUGGGGUUGAGGUGAAGUGGUUGUAAAUACUUAUUUAUGUACACCGUCGUGUUUGCGAGCAAUGACCAGCAUAAUUUUUAUGUAACGCAUACUGUCUGACUGUUCGUCAUUUGUCGGCCAAGUGAUUACCUAUUGAAACAAAACUACAAAUACGUUGCAUUGUACACAUAAAAUAACAAUGCACAUAAUAUUAUGCAAGCAAACACUUCCAAUACAAUCCCGAAAGGUCAAACCCAUAAUAUGAUUGUUUGUUAUCAUAAAUUAUUUUACGUGUACUCGUGUUAUAUUAAUCUUUGUACAGACAUAACAUUUUAUACGUGUAAUUUUCGUGUUAAAUAUUAUUACAAUAAAACAAGACAAAUAUUA